UGAAAAGUUACGAUUCAUGGGCUGUAUUCAGGAGUCUUUCAUGCUCAACGUCAGCAUCGGCAUAUUAAUAGACGUGUUGUCCUUGUCGUCUUCAUAGCUUUAAAAGGGCUAGUAUUUGCAGUAUUGGUUUCUUAAGAGAUUUCAUUCUGAGUAAUUCCUGUAAGAACUAUAUGAUUCUCUUGGUCAGUCGUCGAACGUCGUGUCGCCCCUAUCUCUACAAACAUAUCUAAGAAGGAAAACACAAAAAGGGAAACAAAAAAAUUAUCGCCUGUUGACAUUCAUACUUACACAAUUUGAUCGUAUCGAUACAACACAGACCUCCCCCAUAAAUGAAUGCUGCUUUAGUUUUUUUGGUUGCCUUUACAUUUUGACAAAGAAUUGUGAUUGUCUCGUCGAGUCAUAUACCGCAAGCUAUAAUGUUGUUGAUGCUCAUUAUCUACCGUCUGUUGCAUUCGACUCUCUUUUCAUCAUCGCUUUGAGAAUAAUAUAACAUCAAAUUCAUUUCCUUCAUAGGCAAAAAUAGUUGAUGUCGAUACAAUCAUAAGCAUUGCGCUGAAUCUAUUUGCUUUCGCAGUAGCAACAUGGAUACUGGAACAUGGAUACUGGAACAUUCGUGAGGACAUAAAAUCAACAGGAUGAACAUGUGAAACCAAGCAAGCAUCUUGAUUUCGGCAUGACGUUGCAGGCUGGUCGUAAGUGCGACAUUGUGCUUAGGAGAACGGCACUUCAACUCAGUCAGGGUGAAGAUCGUGUCUCUCUAUCUCCGCAGUGUGUCUGGUGCCAAAUUUGCCGACGCUGGUGAACCUCCUGAGUCAAGAAAUCUAGGUUAUAUAUAUGUACAUCUGAACCUGAAGGGCACGCCAUGGCUAUAAGUCUACGAUUAUCGUCUGUGAAAAAAAUUGAUUUGUACAGGUGGCCUGCUAGUGUUUCCAUCUUCAGUGUGUAUGGGUCACCAUAUCGGUUUGUCAGUCCCGAGUUGAAGGAAUGGAAUCCUCGGCUUCUACUUUUAGGGACGCAAGACCUAUCUCUGUUUCUCUGACAUACGGAAACUUUUUCGGUAGGUUUGACACGUUACCAUUUUGGCUCAAGGCUUCGUCCUUGUUGCCCGUUACCUACCAACAGAGAGACCCAACCGCAUAGUUAAUGCCUAGGAUCGACUGUUCUGGUACACGUAUGGCUGCGCUCAACAAAUCAAUCCAUCCAUCGAUCAAUCAGUCAAUCAAUCAAUCAAUCAAUCAAUCAAAUCAUCAAUAUCAAGAUCUUCCCCGAGCGGUUGGGUCUAUAAUGGGGCUAGUUUCAUUAGGUCGGGCGCGACUUGUUCUAGCUGAUUACGAUUCCAAAAGAGAUACUUGAAAAGCGCAAAAAUUGAGAUGAAUAAGAGGAGAAAAGUUAAGGCAACACAUAGUACAAAUCAACCAGCAUUAGAAUAGCAAACAAAAUGAAGGAAAAGCGCGCCUCCAGCUAAAAAGGAAGAAUACUACGCGAAUCCAAACCGAGCAAAGGCGACAAGGCGGGGCGAGAGUGGUCUUUUUUUGCGAUUGGAAUGGGCAUCCAUUGCGCGCAAAGGCUGGAGCGUCCUCGUUUGGCCCAGAUGCCCUACCUGCCGAGAACGCUUAGGAUGCUAUCGAAGGGCGGAGACGUGAUGAGGGAUGGCGAAAAAUGACACAAAGACAAAGGAAAGAACACAAAAAGGGAGGGAAAAAGUGAAAGGGAAAAGGGAAGGAAAGAGCAUUUCCAACUUAUCAGGAAUGAUAUAAAACAAUUUGUCGUGCUGCGACAUAAAACACAACUUGCACCACCUCGCGCUAGGCACAUUCAUUCAUUCAUUCAUUCACGUAGUCGGACCAAUACCUUUCCUAACCUAACCUGAUACUUAGACCUCGGUUUGUUGGUCAUUUCGGUCCGAAUGAUGCUGAGUGUGCUCAUUUAUGCGUACGUACAACCCAUCAGCACCUGAAAUAGAAGGAAAGUUUUUAGCGAAGCAGACGUACAACAAGAACAAAACGGCUUCCUUAAGUUGUACCUUUGUGACAGGGGUUACUGUUGCUGCAACUACAGCGGAAGUGGUUUCUGUUGAUCCGAAAACAAUUCGCAGAAAACGACCAUUUCGCUCAUUAUUUUGCUCUCGCACGAGACCGCACAACAGAAGAUGCACAACAGAUGAAAAUCAGAUACUAAAAAAGUUACAGUGUGCGCAGACGCAGGUGACCAUGAUCACUUCUCCUUCAGAAGAGUGAGACGGC